AUGAUUGACUUUGUUUCAAAACAAACUACCUAUGAUACUUGUCUCGAAGGUAAUUUCUACAAUGGAAAACAUUUCGCAGCCAGAGUCUCAGCCGUUCCGGUGUUGUUUGUACUUUCAGUUGUGGGUUCAUUUUCCCCAUUACUUGCAGCUUACUCAAAGAAAUUCAUGGUACCGGAAUGGAUAUUCAAUGGAAUAAGAUACUUUGGAAGUGGGGUGAUUAUUGCUACAGGCUUUAUUCACUUGAUGGCAGAAGCCGCCGCCGCUUUAAGCAACACAUGUUUAGGUCCCCCUUUCACCGAUUAUCCUUUUGCUGAAGGUAUAGCUUUAAUUGCGGUGUUUUUCAUCUUCUUUUUUGAUAUUGUUGCUCAUUAUAAAUUAUCCAAUAAAGCCAAAGCACGAAUUGACAACGAGAAACAUUGUGCUUUUCCAAUUGGAUUUGAAUCAGUUACGGGAGAGCCAUCAACUAAUAUUUGUCGAGCAUGUGAGCCAAUCGAGGAGGAACAAGAAUCGGAUGCAUCUAGAAAAUCGUCCGACAUAGAAAUCAAUGAGCGUAAUCUUUCCAAACUUGAAAGCUUGUACCAGCAAAUAUUGAAUUGUGUUGUAUUAGAGUGUGGUAUUGUUUUGCAUUCAAUUUUUGUCGGGUUGUCAUUAGCUAUUGCCGGAGAUGAAUUUGUGACGUUAUACAUAGCCAUUGGUUUUCACCAACUUUUUGAAGGCUUGGGUCUUGGCACUAGAUUCGCAACCACUCAAUGGCCAAAAGGAAAAAGAUAUGUCCCAUGGCUCAUGUCGCUCGCCUACAGCUUAACCACCCCUUUUGCUUGUGGAAUAGGUUUGAUUGUUCGUGAAACGUACCCAGCAGGAUCAAGGACUUCAUUGAUUACUACAGGUACAUUUGAUGCCACAUGUGCUGGAAUAUUGAUCUACAAUAGCAUUGCUGAGUUAAUGGCAUUUGACUUUAUGUACUCUGGUGACUUUAAAGAUAAGCCAGUUAAAAAUUUGUUGUUUGCUUAUUUUUACUUGAGCUUGGGUGCUUUUGCGAUGGCAUUCAUAGGAAAGUGGGCAUGA